AUGAAAAAGUACCAGGACAUCCAGCGCCGCCGCAAUAACCCGGCCUCGCCGUUGAAACGCUCAAGCACGACGCCGAAUUUUCGAUCAAAGGCAGAGCAGGUCUUGGAUGAGGAUGUGGACGACCGCGAAGAAGACGAAGAGACACUACAGUUGCAGCUCGCUGAGAUCCAAGCUCGCCUCAAAUUGAAACAACUCCAAAAGAGCCGCGGCAGAUCAGGGUCGAAUGUGGAUGAUGGCGAGGACACGCGCGCACGCCCGGCUUCUGCUAUUAGCUCUUCAUCGCGAUCUCGGGACUAUACAUCGACUCCUAGAAGCACUAAAGGGCCGAGCCGGAAGGCGAACACCGAUGAUGUCCAGGUUCCGGUAUCCCCAACGAGAAAGGAGUUGCCCAGCACAGACCCUUUGUCACCCCGGAGAUAUCUGAUGGGCAUCGACAAGGGCUGGAAGGGUAGUGAUGUGUCGCUGAAGCGACCACCAAGCUCAAGGGCCGACCCUCGCCCAAACAGCCAGCUGGGGUCUCGAGACGGUCUGACGCCCCGCUCUAAUGAUUUAUUCGCCGCAAGGCCUCAUUCAUCUGCUGGAGGGGGAGGAGCGGGCAGAAUCAAAAGUUUCAGCGAACGAAUGGCGGAAGGCAGAGCGGCUGAGAAAGCCGAAAAGUCUCGCAUGGAGCGAGCAGAGAAGGUCAAGGCCAACCGAAGCUCGGGAUUUCAGUUGGACAGCUCGGAGAUGGAGUCUUUCAAAGCAGCUGCCGCCGAAGCAAAAAAUUCACCCCCGUCGUUCGCAAAUAGGGCCCGACAACCGGAGAGUUUCAGUCGUGAAGACAUUCUCCGAUCCCUUGGUCAGUCGCGCCCUGCCGGCCUUCAUCGCAGCCAAACGACUCCGAGUGUUCGCAGAAUGGACAGUGCCGAUCCUAAAGAUAGGCAGUCCCAACUCCACAGGCGAAACCAUACAACGGAGUCGGAGGCGGUGUCAUCACGAGAGAAGGACCAUCAACAUGGGGGUGGAGCCGAAGGAACUGGUCCCCUGAAAAAAGCACCCGAUGCAUCGAAAUUUGAGUCCUACUCUUCGCUGCAUCUAUCGAACCGCGUGCUGCCUCAUUCUUUCCUGAGUCGCAAUCUGGGCGACAAAACCAUCCUCCGUAUUCCGGACCUUUUGAGAACCAUCAAGGCACCCGCUUUUGAGCUCCCAGAAGAGAUAGAUGGGGAUUUUGUGGUGUUUGGAAUUGUUGCAUCCAAGUCCGACCCCAAGGAGGUAAAAAAUUCGGGGAAUGCCUCUGCAAAGCCUCAAGACCCUUACGAUGAUGGCCUCAACAAUACAAGCCGAUAUAUGGUCAUGACGCUAACUGAUCUCAAAUGGACGGUCGACCUUUUUCUAUUUGAUACGGCCUUCCCUCGUUACUACAAGGUCUCUGAGGGCACACUCAUCGCCAUCUUGAACCCCACGAUCAUGCCUCCCCCAAAGCACAAAUUAGACACCAAUCGAUUCAGUUUGGCUCUGUCGUCAUCCGAUGACAAGGUUCUUGAAAUCGGAUACUCACGAGACAUUGGGUUUUGCAAGGCUGUGAGGAAAGAUGGUAAAACUUGUCAGUCCUGGGUGGAUGGCCGAAAGACCGAGUAUUGUGAUUUCCAUGUCGAUAUCCAGGUGCGGCGCACCCAGGGCCAACGCAUGGGGGUCAACAGCGGAACCGGGAUGUUCGGCCCUGGCGGCGGGACCGGGCAGCGGACUGGGAUCUUUGGCAGCGAGGGUGGGAAAAAGGGUGACGGCCGAGGUGGUGGAUCUAGACAUGGUCUGAGGCCAGAAGGUGCCCAGUACGACUGGGGGUCUCAGUCGCUCUAUUACGUGGCGCCAGCACCCAAGAACCGCGGCUCCAGCCAGACCUCUUUCAGUCCCACUCCCGGAAAAUCGGCAGCGAGUCUAAUCGACGCCAGUGAUGAUCCGUUCAUUGCGGCCGGCAUGAUGGGCCGUGGAAUGGAAAACAAAGAAGAACGGCUCCGUCGGCGUCUUGCGACACAGCAGCGCGAGCGUGAUAUUACACAAAAACUCGUAUCUGGCCGCGUUGGCGGAGUCGGCGCUGAGUAUCUUCGCAGCCGCACUGCCAACGAGAACCCGUCCGCCGAUGCAAGCCAGGAGAAGACCCUGGGCACGCCCACAACGCCCAAGGCUCUACCAUCCACCAAUGGUAUUAGUCUUUCCAGUUUCGGAAAAGCCAACAACGUCCGCUUAAGUCCCAAGAAACGUGCCCAUGACGGCGACAAGCCCCAUGGUAGCGGCGUCAAGAAGACCCGCUUCAUCACGGCGAAAGGUAUCCGGGAGGCUGGACGAGACAGCUUGGGGGUCCCAACGAUGCAACGCCCUCAGAAAAACAGGCUGUAUCGGACGAUGAUGAUGAACUGGAUAUCAUUUGACGGGUCUAACACAUUCCCUCUUGAUCUCUCCCCCUUCUCCCUCUCUCCGUUUGAACUUGAAACUCGCUCGAUGGGGACAAUACUCUCCUAA